CAAACGAGCUGAGCAGCAGGAAAGUAGAAGGAUGGAGGGGAAUAGAUUCCUUCUAGUGCUGGGCCUUAUAUUAAUUUUAAUAGAGCUUACAACUCCAACUUCAACUCCAGCUCCAACUUCACAGCCUGCUCCAUCGGAAGAAGCUCCAGGAAACAGUACGGCAGAGGCUUCCAAUUCCUCCGCAGCAUCAAAGUGCAAGUCCACUGAAAUUCUAUCCGAGAAUGGCUGCGUGGAUCGCGAGAUCUUCCUUAACAAGAUCGUGAUGAGAUCGUGGAAGGACGAAGGCUUUGAAAAGGCGAAGGCUAGAGCUGGUCUGGUGGAUGUAAUUGAGUGCAGGGAUGGUGAGGUGAGGACUCCAUUUGGCUGUUCAAUGCCACCGUACCCACCGCGCAGGGAGUCAAGCCGGGUGCCAAUUCACCACAGCAGACUAAAUGGCGAACGGAUUGUGCACGACAAGGGCAUUUUUAAACUCUAUCACCACGUGGAUGAUGAUGAUGUGGAACAAAAACCCAUUCGGAAACCUAGAUCGGCAGGACCUCCGAUAACUGGAAACAAGCGCCCACGGAAGUACGUAUUCUUGCCGGGAAGGAGUAUUGGAAAGGGACACAAGUGUCGGGCUAAUGAGGUCAUGGGAAGAAGGAGUCGCUGCAUCCAAAGGAAACGCUUAGCUGGACAAAGACAACAUCAAACAAACGAAAAUGAACAGAGUCAAUAAAUUGUAUUACUAUA